UAAUUGAUAGUUCUUGAUUAAAUUUAAAAAGACAUUUUUUCGUAUGUCUGCAGUUCUAUAAAUAAAUUUCAAUAUUUUAUUAUGCAAAUAAAAUAAAUUAAUAUCAAUUUAUUUAAGUGAAUUCAGGUUAAAUAAGUUUUGUGUUAUUUUGCGAUAUUUUAAACUUAAAAAUAAUUAGAAGCUACCAAAAAUAAAUAAUUCCGUAUAUAAUAAUUUGACUUCCGGUACAAAAAAGCCAUCAACAAGACAGCAUUGACCUCUAAAAUUCCUCACACAAUAAGUAAUAAAAAUAGUUAUUCAUAAGCAGUGUCAAAUAUACAGCUGAAUAAGUGAACCCAGUCAAUUCAACCUUGAUUCAUUUCAGAGAAACACGAAACUUAACAUUCAUCUCUACCCUGUCAUUGUUAUCACAUCAUAACGUUAUCAACCUUUCAAGUUCAUUAAUUAUUGAGAUUUACAGACGAAGAAAAAAUUUGCCAUGAAUCAUCGAAUACUUUUCUGUCUCGUGCUAGUUCUUGGAAAUUUCCUCGCGGCAUCAGCAGAUUGUUUAGAUUCAAAUCCUGGAGAUGUAGAAUAUGAUUGUAUGAAUGAUGUUGGUGAUACAAGACAUGAAGAAGCAAGUGAAGAGAAAAUUGAUGAUGUUGUGGAUCUAGAACCUGAAUAUCAAGACAUUGAUGAACCAGACACUCCACCAGAAAGUCCAGAAUCAACAAGUACAUCAACAACUGUCAAAUCAACAACAGAAGACGAAAUUGAAUACGAUUAUGACUCAGAAGAGCAUGAAGAUCCAGACACACAACAAGAUGAGACUCACAAUGAUCAUAUUGAAGCUACUGAGCACACCAGCAUGCUAAAUGACGACGAUUCAGCACAAACAACAUCUCAAACAACAACCGACAAUGAUGAUCAGCACAUCAAUCUCUUCUAUGACGCGAUUAAAACAACUCUCACGAGUACAAACUACAGGAAUGCUUACAGAUACGUAAAACAUCCAGAGAGAGUUGAGUGUAUGAUCACACAAAUGAGAAAAAGUAAAGUUAUGGAUAAAAUUAACAAAGAGUCGUUCGUUUUUAAGAAAAAUAUUGAGCAAGAAGUAAAGUUUGAGUUUAGGAACGUCACGACAUUUAUGUACGACCUUGAGCGAGAGAUUCAAGAUGCAAAUUUCGAUUGCACGGAGAUGGGAAAUACCCGAAUUUAUGUUCUUAUUUUUGUUGCUUUAUUAGCUAUUGUACUGUUAGUGCUUUACAUAAGAAGACGGUAAAGAUGAAUUAGUAAAGAUUAAUAAUUUAGUUCCGAUGAAACAUGAA